AUGCCGGCCCAUCUUCAUACCCACCUACAUGGUGCUCCCUCCGUGACUUCCAACCCGGAAGUGGAGAGCCAGGCUGAUGCUAUCUCUUCGCCUCGAGUACAUCUCUCGCACGAAGACGAAGAUGCGAUCGCGGACAUUCAUCGUACUCUGACGAAUAUCAGCAAUCCUACCCCGCCCCAAGAGUAUCCCGAGCCACAUUCCUCGUUCGACAAAUUUCUCGAAGCCGAACUCCAAGCAGGUCGCAAGAAGUCCAACCUUGGCGUCUGCUUCCAGUCCAUCUCCACCUGGGGAGAUGGCGACGACCAUGCCAGUGUUAAGACUCUAGGAACGGCCCUCUGGCGCACGUUGACCUUCCAGGACGUGUAUGAAUGGACCGUCAAACCCUGGCUUUCCGCCAAAAAGCCCCACGAGGGGCGUGAAUUAAUCCGUGAUUUCUCUGGCGUGGUGAGAAGUGGCGAGAUCAUGCUUGUUCUGGGGAGACCGGGAGCCGGUUGCUCAACUUUUCUGCGCACGAUCGCCGGUCAUCAUUCGUCUUUCCUCGGCAUGACGGGCUCCAUCGACUACUCGGGCCUGAGCCUCGAGGAAGUCAAGACGCAUUAUCGUGGCCAGGUGGCCUACGUGCCCGAGGACGACGUGCAUUUCCCCACCCUCACGGUGCGACAGACCCUAGAGUUUGCGCUGCAGAGCAAGUCGCCCAAAAGGUAUCAAGAACGAAUUCCGAGAUAUCUUGAGAUCUACGGACGAGUAUUUGGCAUGUCUCAUACAAUGAACACGCUUGUUGGGAACGAGUACAUUCGUGGCGUGUCCGGUGGCGAGCGGAAACGAAUUUCUAUUAUCGAGUCUCUGGCCACCGAAUCGUCCGUUAUGUGUUGGGAUAACUCCACCAGAGGCUUGGAUGCCUCGUCAGCUCUGGACUAUGCACGCAGCCUGCGAAUCAUGACUGACACGUGCGGCAAGGCAACGCUGAUGACGCUCUACCAGGCAUCGGAUGCCAUCUAUGAACUGGUAGACAAGGUGUUAUUGCUGGACGAGGGUCGGAUGAUCUACCAGGGUCCGGCUCGCGAUGCGAAAGCUUACUUUGAAGGAUUGGGAUAUGAAUGCGCCGAAAUGCAGACGGUCUCGGACUUCUUAACUAGCAUCACGGUUCCUGAGAGGCGGCGAUUCAAACCGGGGUGGGAGCAGCGCACCCCGAAAGGACCCGUCGAAUUGGAAGAGGCAUUCAGGAAAAGCUCGGCGUACAAGAGAAUCGAAUACGACGUUGAAAACUACGAGGACCAACGAUUCGGCGGCAAGAGUACCAGAGCGUCCCAGAAUGGUUCGGAAUGCGGAAGCGUGGAGGAGUUUAAAAAGGCUGUGCAGACUGAUAAGUCUCGCUUCGUGUCGCCCAAGUCCCCGUACACCAUUUCGUUGUUUCGGCAAGUGAUUUUGUGCGCGAAACGUCAGAUCUGGCAGAUCAGGGGCCAUAUGUCGCCCUUGUAUAUCAAGCUGAUCUCGGCGGUCGUCUAUGGCCUACUGGUCGGGUCCAUGUUCUAUAACCAACCUCAAACCACUGAUGGAAUGUACUCUCGGGGCGGUGUGAUCUUCUACUCCGCCAUCCUUCUGGCGUGGCUCCAAAUGUCUGAGCUGGAAGAUGCUAUGCAAGGUCGAGAUAUUCUCAGUCGCCAAAAGAAAUUCGCCUUCGUCCGACCCAGCGCGGUAUGCUUGGCCAGAGUUAUCGCCGACUUCAUGGUCGGGGCUGCUAUAACGUUCCUAUACCUCAUUGUUGUAUAUUUUCUGUCAGGUCUCAAGGCUGAAGCCGGGUCCUUCUGGAUUGACUUCCUCUUCAUUUAUCUUUGCACUAUCUGCCUGACUGCCCAGUUCCGACUAUUUGCUGCCGCCUCGUCAAACUUCGAGGUUGCGUUGCGCUACUGCGGUGUGUCUGUUCUGUUCUGCAUUGUUUUCGGUGGAUAUGUUCUCUCAGUCGACAAGUUGAUAGAAGACGUUCCUUGGGUUGGGUGGAUAGCCUAUACAACCCCAGCACUCUAUACUUACGAGGCUAUGAUGGUUGCAGAGUUUCACAACACCGAAUUCAGCUGUGCGCCAGGAUCAGUUGUGCCUUCUGGCCCGAAUUAUACGGAUAUCGCCUACCAGACCUGCGGCUAUGCAGGAAGUCAAGUUGGCACCACCGUGGUGAAUGGCGAUGAUUAUCUAGCAGUCAAGUAUGGAUUCCACGUCAGUCAUGUCUGGCGCAACUUUGGAAUCCUAUGCCUCUUUACCAUUGUCUACAUUGCCGGUACUUGCUGGCUGAGCGAGGUUAUGGAGUGGGAGCCGGAUAGUGCUGGACCGAUUCAACACAAGAAGUCUCGGGGACAGUCUAAGUCGGACAGGAAGCAUGCCGGAGACGAGGAAAGUAAUGGCCUCCCGACAGGUCCGGAGGCCGCUGCGCCACGUACCAUGAUUGAGAAAUCGGGUCAAACCCUCGCAGGAACCCAAUCAACCUUCACUUGGGAUAAUCUGGAAUUAAAUGUCCGAAUCGGAAAGGAGACCAGGAAACUGUUGAACAGGGUCCGUGGUUACUGCAAACCAGGGACACUGACUGCUCUUGUGGGAGCUUCCGGGGCGGGAAAGUCCACAUUGUUGACUGCUCUCACCCAGAGACCAAGCGCGGGCGAAUUGACUGGCACAAUGUAUGUCGACGGACGGCCUAUCGAUCAAACGUUCAAUCGUCGCAUUGGAUAUUGUCAACAGAUGGAUAUCCAUGACGAAACGAGCACUAUCCGGGAGGCGUUCGAGUUCUCUGCUCUUCUCCGUCAAAGUAUUGCUGUGCCUGAGCAGGAGAAGCUGUCAUAUGUGAACACAGUCAUUGAAACGCUUGACCUGGUGGACCUGCAAGACGCCAUUAUAGGCUCCUUGGACAUCGAGAAGAAAAAGCGCGUUACCAUUGGCGUGGAGCUAUGCGCGAAACCCGAGCUUCUGCUCUUCUUGGAUGAACCGACCAGUGGCCUUGAUAGCCAGGGCGCUUCGAGUAUCGUGGCUUUGUUGCGACGGUUAGCUGAUCAGGGCCUGGCUAUUCUAUGCACUAUCCAUCAGGCAAAUCAGGAGCAAUUCGAGCAGUUUGAUCGAGUUUUGGCACUCAGUCCUGGUGGAAGCACUUACUAUUUUGGAGAAGUCGGGGAAUCCGGACGUUCCAUCUUCAAAUAUUUCGCUGAUCAUGGCCAUCGACCGGAGAAUGUCACUAACGCGGCAGAUUUCCUCAUUGAAGUUGUCGUUGGCGGUAUGAAAAACGCUGCACAUAGCGUCAAUUGGCCCGACAUGUGGAAUCGGUCUGCUGAAGCAGAGGAUGUCCAGAACGAGAUACAUGAAAUCCGUCACAAAGGCGACAAUGCGUCGCAGGCUACGCAGCGCAAGCUGUCUAGUCCAUCGGUCUUCCGGCAGACGUCCCUCUUGACGCAACGGACACUGCGCCAAUACUGGCGAAGCCCAGAGUACCCCUACUCUCGCCUAUACGCCUCGUUCCUCCACGCUCUUAUCAACGGCCUCACAUACUUGCAGAUUGGCAACAGCUCCACCGAUCUGCAGUCGAAAGCUUUCUCGUGCUUCCUCGUGCUGAUGCUUGUACCCGAGUUCAUCAACGCCAUCUCGAUGCGGUUCAUCAUGAACCGUGAUAUCUGGGUAGCUCGCGAGGGCCCCAGCGGCAUCUAUGGAUGGGUCUCAUUUUGCACCUCCCAAAUUAUCUGCGAAAUUCCUUACGCGGUCCUUAGUGCCGUGAUCUUCUAUGUUCUGUAUUACUUUAUUGUCGGGCUUCCCCUUGGUUUUGCGGCAGGCUAUAGUUUCUUGAUGUUCUUUCUGUUCUUCCUAUUCGCCACGUCCUGGGGUCAGUGGAUUGCAGCAAUGAGUGCCGAUUCGUUGGUGGCGGCAACCCUGAUGCCAUUCUUUAUCAUCAUGUGCGAGCUGUUCAACGGUAUCUUGCAGCCGCAUGCAAACAUGCCCGCAUUCUGGGCAUACACGAUGUACUACGUAACACCGUUCACAUACUGGAUCGGUGGCGUACUGACAUCUGUUCUUCGCGGAAUGCCUGUCAUCUGCACUGAGAGCGAACUCACUAUCUUUGAGAGUCCGUCUAAUCUGACAUGUGGCGAAUAUGCCGGGACAUGGCUCGAAGAGAAAAGCGUGGGUUAUUUAUACAACCCCGACGAUUCCGGCAAAUGUGGUUAUUGCGAGUACAGUUACGGAGACGACUAUCUUUCAGGAAUCGGGUUGAAUUCGUCCAAGAUUUGGCCAUUUUUCGGUAUUUUCACGGCAUUUGUGAUUUCCAACUAUCUCAUGGUGUAUUUGCUUGUUUAUGUCAAGUCGGUGAUGAAGCCUUUUUGGCGUUGA